UCAUCAACAACAUGGACGUUGCAUUUGCAUCCACUUCUGUUCCUGAAGGAACUCAAAUUGGAAAUGUUUUGGUUGAAGCAGCUUCAAACAUCACAGCCUUCAAUGUUGACCUCAACUCCAUUGUUGUGAAUGGCUCACUAAUAAACAUUCCAUCAAAUUCUACAACUGCACCUCCCACCUUGAAUACUACAGCUAAUGCAAGUAUGAGUACUACAGCCAGAACUCCUCCAACCACCACAAUCGCAGUGGUACCUGCAUCACCAGCAGCUGUAACAUCCGAGGCGGUCACAACGAGGCGAUUGACUUUCAGAUCUGCUGGAGAGACAUUUACCACUGACUUGCUGAAUUCAUCAUCUGCAGCGUUUCAAAGAAGAGCCUCAUUGAUAACGUCAAAUCUUGUGCUGUUCUACCAAACAGCAUUCGCUACUUUCCGGAACUUAACAGUGACUUCAUUCGGUAAUGGAUCAAUCAUCAACAACAUGGACGUUGCAUUUGCAUCCACUUCUGUUCCUGAAGGAACUCAAAUUGGAAAUGUUUUGGUUGAAGCAGCUUCAAACAUCACAGCCUUCAAUGUUGACCUCAACUCCAUUGUUGUGAAUGGCUCACUAAUAAACAUUCCAUCAAAUUCUACAACUGCACCUCCCACCUUGAAUACUACAGCUAAUGCAAGUAUGAGUACUACAGCCAGAACUCCUCCAACCACCACAAUCGCAGUGGUACCUGCAUCACCAGCAGCUGUAACAUCCGAGGCGGUCACAACGAGGCGAUUGACUUUCAGAUCUGCUGGAGAGACAUUUACCACUGACUUGCUGAAUCCAUCAUCUGCAGAGUUUCAAAGAAGAGCCUCGUUGAUAACGUCAACACUGGUGCCGUUCUAUCUAAGAGCAUUCCCUACGUUCCGCUCCUUAACAGUGACCUCGUUCAGUAAUGGAUCAGUCAUCAACAACAUGACCAUUGUAUUUUCAUCAACUUCUGGUCCUGAAGGAACUCAGAUUGGAAAUGUUUUGGUUGAAGCAGCUUCAACCAUCACAGCCUUCAAUGUCGACCUCAACUCCAUUGUUGUGGAUGGCUCACAACCAAACAUUACUUCAAGUUCUACAACUGCACCCUCGACUUUGAAUACUGCAGCACCCAUAACAGCAGCACCUGUAACAUCUCAGGCGGUCACAACGAGGCGAUUGAUUUUCAGAUCUGCUGGAGAGACAUUUACCACUGACUUGCUGAAUCCAUCAUCUGCAGCGUUUCAAAGAAGAGCCUCAUUGAUAACGUCAAAUCUGGUGCCAUUCUAUUUAAGAGCAUUCCCUACGUUCCGCUCCUUAACAGUAACUUCAUUCAGUAAUGGAUCAAUCAUCAACAACAUGGACCUUGGAUUUUCGUCAACUUCUGUUCCUAAUGGCACUCAGAUUAGAAAUGUUUUGGUUCAAGCAGCUUCAACCAUCACAGCCUUCAAUGUUGACCUCAACUCCAUUGUUGUGGAUGGCUCACAGGUUUCAAGUGGAGUAAGCCACAAGAUCAGUCUCAUCACUGCAUCCUUCCUCGUACUGUUGUCAUGGAUACUGUCAAGCCAGCAAUAGUAUCAUCGCUGACUCCUGUUAGAAAAGCCCUGAUUGAAUGACUGCCAUCACUGGCAUGACAAAUGAGUUCUUGAUUAUUGUCCAAGGAACCUUGUACAUCUUUGGAUAAACAUACUAUCAAAUGUGAUUUUGCAUUGACCGCACAGCAUAAUGACAGUGGAAUAGAAGUCAACAUGUUUUCGGCUGGGAAUGUCCAGGAUUCUAGACCAAAAACAAUAUGCAGCCAAUUUUAAUAACCCAAAUAGAAUACCAUUUAGCACUGAGAUGUAAAAGAAACAAUGUUUAUUACCAUCAUGAUACGCAUUACUUUGCCUCUUUAUUCUAAACAUUCAAAUACCACCCGAGAGUAUAAGAGACACUUUAGUAUUAAUUCAGCUUCAAGUACAGCCAAAUCUAGAGCUUUGUUUUGGGAAAUGCCAUUUAUAUAAAAUUUAAUUCAAUAUUUGAUUUUGAAAAAUGUGUUUAAAGCCGCUUUAUUGGUUAUGUGUGGUCAGGACUCUUUCUCUCUCUACUCACCCUCAAGGUUAGACUUCAGUGAAGGUUUGAAUUACAUUUAAAGCAAUGGAACAUUAUUGACAAUAUAUCCUCAAAUGUCGUUAGUGGCCAAAAGAUGUAAAAAUGUAUAACUUAAACUUGUAUUCUGUGAGAUUUCCUGUUUCCUCUAUUUUUGUCAAAACCUUUGCAACAAUCAUAAUACAAAAUAUCAAAUUAUUAAAAUUCUCUCAAAAUGA